GACAACAGCCCUUGCCGUGGUGGUCGUCUACUCGAGGCGGACGGGCUCCGCGUCUUCGCUCUUCCUUCUUCGCAACGCCUCCGACCGAAGGAGGAAAGGGAUAGCACACGAGAUUCCAUCUCCAAGCGUAUUUGGGUGAAGGAAGACAAGAUCGGGUAGGAUAAAGACUGAUGGAGGCCGCGGAGGAAGCAGAAACCAAGGGUUCGGCCUCACCCCCUCCCCCCGACUCCAAAACUGCCGCCGUCGUCGAAGCGGAGGGCGAUGUGGACGAGCGGGACCGCUAUUCUCGCGAGAUCAAAGCCGGUCUCCAUCCUUUGAAGCAUAAGUUUGUGUUCUGGUAUACUCAACGAACACCUGGAGUGCGGUCGCAGACAUCAUAUGAGGAUAACAUCAAGAAAAUUGUAGAAAUCAGCACAGUCGAAGGAUUUUGGGUUUGCUAUUGCCAUUUGGCACGGCCUUCAUCACUCCCUAGCCCAACAGAUAUUCAUCUUUUCAAAGAGGGCAUUAGGCCUCUGUGGGAGGAUGCUGCUAAUUGUAAUGGUGGAAAGUGGAUAUUACGGUUCAAAAAGAUUGUCUCAGGUCGUUUCUGGGAGGACUUGGUAUUGGCAUUAGUUGGUGAUCAACUUGACUAUGGGGAUGAUGUUUGCGGUGCUGUACUAAGCAUUCGUUUUAACGAGGACAUCUUAAGUGUUUGGAACCGGAGCGCAUCAGACCACAAGGCUGUGAUGGCUGUAAGGGACUCAAUUAAGCGACAUCUAAAACUGCCUCAUAGCUACUUAAUGGAGUACAAGGCACACGAUGCUUCUCUGCGUGAUAACUCUUCGUACAGGAACACUUGGUUGAGAGGAUAGACAUGGAUAUCGGAAAUCAAUCUGAUCCUGCCGUCUCCAUACUCUUUCAAGUGUUGGAACUGUGUGACUUCGUUGUAACCUCUAACAACUCGGAUCUUUUGUUUUCUCUGAAUUACGUUUGGUACUUCAAUAUACUACAUUGAAAUCUCUAACCAAAAUUCUAGUCAGUGCAAGCUUGUUUAUUUGCUA